AUGCUCAACGUUGCCCUGCAGCAGCCCAAGAACACAGCCUCAGCCUCAUUCUCCCGCAGGUAUCCCGCAGGAUUCGAUUUAACCCUUGAAAAUGACAUCUCAUUUCUCGGGCGAUUCGAUGGCUGGCGAUCGACGCUGCUUCUGGCCUCGCUGGCGGGCGUGAUUGUGCUGGCGUUUAACCUGUCGUUCACGAUAUGGGCUGCGGUUCGGCAUAAUGUCAAAGAUGACAGAGGGAUUCUGUUUGAUGGAGAUUGCGAUCGAGUCAAAUGGACUAAUGUGGGGAUUCAUUUGCUUAUCAACACGCUGAGCACGACUUUGCUGAGUGCGAGUAACUAUUGCAUGCAAUGUUUGUGUGCACCGACACGGCGGAAUAUCGACAAUGCCCACAGCAAGGCUCAAUGGCUGGACAUUGGGGUUCCCAGUACCCAUAACCUGCUUCUAAUAUCCAAGAAACGAAGCUGUCUAUGGAUUUGUCUGGCUCUUACGUCGCUUCCUCUUCAUCUAGUAUACAACUCGACAAUAUUCUCAACGCAAUCCGCCAACGACUACAACAUAUAUGUCGGUACCGGGUCUUUAGGAAAUACCAGCAUCUUGAAUCCUGGCUGGUUUGAAAACUCAACCGAACUAGCAUUCGACAGACUCAAAGACGAGACUCAAGAUGGAAGUCUCACGAGGCUGGACGCUAUAGACUGCGUCAACGUAUACAGCACAACAUUCCAGAUCGAAUGGGGCGGUGUAGUUCUGGUCACCAACAACGACAGCAUGGCCAAUAACUAUACCUGGCUCGACACUCAAUAUGUCUUUAGUCCUCGGCAAUACCAGCGUGCUCUUCGUCCCGACCAGGAUCCGUAUCGAUGGCUGUGUCCUGAGUAUUCAAAACCAGGCGUGGACUGCAACGUCUACCUCCCAGAUAUCGAGGCCGAUGCCAAAGCGGGAAACUGGACUGUGGAUGGCCAUCUGGUCGAUCAUUGUCUGGUAGAAAAGUCGCCUACACAUUGCAAGUUGCAGUAUAGUCUGCCUUUGGCCAUCGUGGUAAUUGUUUUCAACGCAAUCAAGGCAAUCCUCAUGUGCUAUAUAGCCUUUAGUACAGAGGAACAGCCUAUCCUGACGACAGGCGAUGCAGUUGCGUCCUUCAUCAGAGAACCGGAUGUAUUCUCAAAGGACAUGUCUUGCACGGGCAGGAGCCUCGUGGUGGAUUUUGAAUGGCAUCGAAAGCCAAAGGGACCGGAUGAUACAGACUACGUCUUCCGGAGCAGGAAGCGGAGAUGGGCAUCCGCUGUGUCUACGAGGCGAUGGGGAUUCGGUAUUUCCUUCUAUGUUCUAUCCAUGGUGAUAUGCAUUGGACUCCUCCUGUACGGCUUCAGCCAGAUGAGAAAUACCCGCGGCAUCUGGUCUUUAGGAUUCGAAGCCAUCGACGCUCGAACAUUGAUCCACGGCAACUUCUGGCCAAACACCAUGAUCAAGAAUACAAUGAUUGCCAACAUACCGCAGUUGGUCUACUCGAUGCUCUACUUUUGCCUGAAUGCUAUUUUCACGACCAUGACUCUCGCCGCGGAAUGGAGUCAAUAUGCAAUCCAGCGGAAAGGACUUCGUGUAUCAAGUAGCCCGGAGGGUGCACAGCGCAGCUCUUACUUUCUAUCGCUGCCGUAUCGAUAUGCUAUUCCGAUGAUACUCUUGUCUAUCCUGCUCCACUGGCUUAUUUCACAGAGUUUGUUCCUCGUUGGAAUCGAUGCAUAUACCGCAGAGCAUGGAAGGGCUCCGGAUCGCGAUGUCAUCACAUGCGCGUACUCGCCUGUAGCGAUCGUGUGUGCACUAUCUAUUGGAACGCUCAUGGUUGCGUGUUUAGUCGGAUUGGGGUUUAAACGGUUUAAAUCCGGCAUGCCUGUUGCCGGGAGUUGCAGCCAGGCUAUCGCGGCUGCGUGCCAUCCGAAUCUGUCCUUGGAUGAGAAGAAUGCGAUACCGACAGAGUGUAUUCCCAUGCAGUGGGGAGUGGUCAGUUCAGAUGGUCCCUUUAAACACUGUUCUUUUACGACUGGAAAUGUGGAAGAACCAGUCGAUGGGGAAACAUACAGAUGA